AUGACUGUAGUUGACAUCCUCAAGACAACUAUGGUUGACAAACUCCCUAAUGAUUUGGAAGGAAUGGAAGCCUCAAUGAAACGAUUACUAGCUUUAAUUGAUGACGUCUACAAUUAUGUUGACGAAGUUGUGGAAGGGCGUGUUGCACCAGAUAAUAAUAUUGGGAGAUGUAUAGCAAAUUCUAUAGCCUCCAUUCCCAAAUUAUCACCACAAGCUUUUGAUAAGCUCGUGAAUGAUAGUCAACAGGACCAACUACUUUUGCUCUAUUUGUCAAGCAUCACCUGA